GGAACCACCCACUCCCACCGGCGAGCGAGCGAUCCCAAGAAGGCGAGUCGAGAUGCAGAUCUUCGUCAAGACGCUGACGGGGAAGACGAUCACGCUCGAGGUCGAGAGCAGCGACACCAUCGGCCACGUCAAGGCCAAGAUCCAGGACAAGGAAGGCGUCCCGCCGGACCAGCAGCGCCUCAUCUUCGCCGGAAAGCAGCUGGAGGAUGACCGCACCCUGGCCGACUACAACAUCCAGAAGGAGUCCACCGUUCACCUGGUGCUCCGCCUCCGCGGCGGUACCAAGAGCUUCAAAUUCAACAUCCCACCAAACCUCCUCGUGCUCGCGCGCAAGUACAAGGAGAACAAGCUGAUCUGCCGCAAGUGCUAUGCUCGCCUUCCCCUCAGGUCUACCAACUGUCGCAAGAAGAAGUGCGGUCAUAACAAUGAGUUGAGGGAAAAGCACAAGUUUGUCUCCAAGUAUGGUAUUGAUCGUGAAUAGAAAGCAACCAAAGCGACAAGUAUCAAGCUUCAUCCAAAGUGUCAUUAUCAGAAUCGUUGAAGUUGAAGUCUUGUCCUAGUUCAUGUUUUAUGCUGGAUGUUGAACCUUUAUGUCAUGUCUAAGUACUUCAUAUUGUCUUCUGGGUGUGAACCUUCAUAAUAGCUCUUUUGAGUACUCGGUGGUUUAUGCUUGGUAUGGCAAUGCUAGUGAAACCUCUUGGCACUGCUAUUAGCAGACUUUGCCCAAUGUUAAUGCCUAUUUCUGCUGUUUUCCGAGGCAUUUGGA